AUGACCGCCGCUUCUCCCGUGGCCGCGGCCACUCCUCCUGUCCGCCCUCCGGCCCCACGUCCCAAGACCGUCGCCUUCGAGGCAGAUGCGGCGUCUUCUGCUACCUCACGCCGGCCGAACCGCUCGAACUCGUCCGAUCCGCUGUCUGACCGAGCGACAUCUCUUCUGAUACGUCGCACGCUGUGCUCACCGCAGCUUGGGGACAAGAGCCGAGAUGCGCAGGUGCCCAUUGAUGAGCUGCUCCCGCCUCUGACCAGCCGCAACGAUGUCGACCUUCAACUAUACGCAUUCCUCGCCAUUAUUAUGAGAGAGUUUGUCCAGAGCUGGUAUAGCAAAAUCACCUCGGACGAGAACUUUGUGUCAGAGAUAUUACACAUCAUCGCCCACUGCUCACGGGCGUUGGAACAACGGUUUAGGAAGGUUGAUCUGGAGAGUCUUCUGCUAGACGAGAUACCUGACUUGCUGGACAAGCACAUCACUGUUUACCGUACUGCGCAUAAUGCUGUAUCGAGGCCGCCUGUAGAGGUGGACCCUCGAGAGGCGUAUCAUGCUCUAUGCCCUCUUCCACAUCUUGCGCCCGUUCCUCGCUCAGAUGACCCGGACACAGCAUCAGAUCAGAAGGAGAACGAGGCGCUCUACCGUCAGCUGCUUGUUCAGGGCGUGUUGGCUAUCCUGUUACCAACCGAGGACCUGGAGAAUCCUUGUCUCACAGCCCUCGUCGAGCAGAUCUUUUCCGAGCUCAUCAUUGGCAAUGUCAUUGCCAAUAAAGCCUCUCAGCCGUGGCUGUUAUACGAGGGAAUCUGCAUCUCAGCCAGGGUGAUACGAGAAAGGAAGGAAAAAGGGGCGAUGUCGGACAGUUCAGCUGAAUCUCUAGAGCCUCAACUCGAGGUCAAGGGCGGUCGUGCGUGGUCUGUACGCUCCAUGUUCCUGGGCGUGAUUCAACUGGGGAUGCUGGUCGUGGGCUCGCUUCGCUUCAUCACAACGGCUCUUGUUAUGGCGUCGUCUCUUCCCGCUAGAACCACGCCCUUGGAAGAAAAGGAAGCUGUGAUGGAUCACGACAAGUCGGCCGCUUCCAUCUCAUGCUCCAACCCGAGGUCAUCCGACACGGCCAAAGCCCCCAUCCUAUCAUGUCGAAUCUGGACGUGUCUUGGGAACCUGCUCGAGUUGAGCAUGCGCAUGCCUUGGCUUGCCGGGUUUCUGUCGCUUCUCCAGUACGGCGCGAUUAACGGGCCUGGACGAAUAGCUGGCCACGAUGGGCCUGUUGACAGGCUACUCUCUCAUCACAUUCAUUCUCUCUUCUCUCCUUCUCAUCUCCCCCCUCUCCUGCGCACCCUCCGAGGCGUUCUCUUCCCCAACAACGCCCCCGGCACGACGAGCUUGUUCCCACCCUCCUCCGAUGCCGAGCUGCAGGCCUUGCGUCGCAGAGCCGCUAACGCCCUUUGGGGGCUGCUGCCGAAGGGGGUGGGAAGCCUCUACUUUGGCGGUCGCUUAUGGCGGCGCGGGGCGUCCACCGGUGAGGGGGAUUCCUCAUCGGACGAGGAGGAUCUUUUGGUAGACGAGAUGGAGCGGCUCCUCCUGGUGCUGGACGACGAGUACUGCAACAAGCACCUCAUGUACAGCAUCCUCGAGUUGGUGCUCGUGAGGCUGAUGCCGGAGCUCAACGAAAAGGGGGUGACGGAUCUGUGGGAGGAGAGGCUCGGAGUAGAUGUGUAG